AUGGCUGACAUCACCAUUUCCGAUGAUGCUUUGAGAGACAUCAAAGAUAAGAUCAUCAUUAUCACCGGCGGCUCUUCUGGCAUAGGCCGGGCCACCGCACAGCUUUGCGUCGACCUAGGGGCCCAAGUGGUCAUCGGCGACAUCAACCCUCCCAAACCGGCUUUCGCGAGCAGCGAAAACCCCAAGUUCUUCAAUGUCGACGUCACGCAGUGGGAAAGCCAGCGGGAGAUGUUCAUGCAGACCGAAAAGCUCUUCGGUCGAAUCGACCACGUCUUCGCCAACGCGGGCAUCCGCCCGACGCCGGAAUUCCUCGAAUUCAACGUUGACGAUGCCGGCGCAUUCCAGCCUCCUAAUCUGAAGACCAUUAACGUCAACCUGAUUGGCCCGAUCUACACGACGCAUCUGGCAUGCGCCUACUUCGCGAAAUUCGCUGCAGAGAAAAUCCCCGCCGCUGCAAGUAUUGUCCUUACCGCUUCUGCGUCUUCUCUGCAAACGUUUACUUCUGGCGAUUACACUAUUGCCAAGCAUGGGGUGCUUGGAAUCAUGCGCGGCCUGGUCAAUAAGUUGAAGGGCGAGGUUCGUCUCAAUGCCGUUGCUCCCUCGUGGACGGAUACUGGCAUUAUUUCGGCCGAUUUGUUGAAACAAGUCGGAGUCACCACCCAACCGCCUGAAGCGGUGGCGCGCAGUGUGGCGUUCUUAUUCGCCGACUCCACUCGACACGGUGAUGUGAUCUAUAGCUGGGAUAGUCAGUUCCGCGAGGUGAAUAAUGCUCCUGGGGGUCUCUUGGAAGCUGCUGAGAAUAUACUUCCCAAUGUGGCGAGCGAGGAGUCUGUGAUGGGGAAAGUCCUUGAGCUUUUUCGAGCGCAAGCAGAAGAAGCACGGCAAAAGGCUUAA